UCACCAUUAAUAAAUCCAUUAACUUCCCAUGCCUACUGCCUUCCCCUGUCCCUUCAUAUUGCUGUAAGCCUGUAAUCCACUUCCCGACCUUCACUGCUACCACUCCAUUGCUACUCCUGAAAGUCAAAAACGCUCCCCCUUUUCUGUCCUCCUACAAAAAGCUGUCCCUAUUUGGCAUUUAUUGUACCAUCUGAAUCAAACCCAUAUCCUAAAUUCACUCAAGAAGCCAUCGAACUCAUCCCAUUUUCUUUCACCUUCAAAAAUUUCCCUGGAAAAGCAGUCCUUAUUUGGCAUAUAUUGUACCAUCUGAAUCAAACCCAUACCCUGAAUUCACUCAAGAAUCCAUAAAACUCCUUUUCUUCAUUCACCUACAAAAGUUUCACUAGUAAGCUGUCCCUUAAUUGGCAUAUAUUGCACCAUCUGAAUCCAACCCAUCUCCUGAAUUCACUCAAGAACCCAUAACUUCCCAUUAAUAGAACACGCAAUCCUUCUUGGCUUCUCUCUCUCUCUCUCUCUCUCUCUCCAACUUCCUCUCUCUUUCCUCCACUUCCCACCAGCUUUCCAUGAAUCCCAUCUGCUAGAUUUCCUAUCACCAGUCACUCUCCACAAACCCACAAAAAUCUCCAUCAAUCCCAUCUCUUUUUUCUUCUUCUUUUUUAUGCUGGGCAAAAAAAAAUUCUCAGUUGCAUGAAUGGAGACUAAAAUCAUUCCGUUCCUCUGUAUAGCUUUCUCUCUCAUCUACUCCUCACUUCCUUCUCUCUCCACUGCUUUCACACCUCGAGAUAACUACCUCAUCAGCUGUGGGUCAAGCGCCAACAUAACUGUCGAUAACCGCCUCUUCGUUGGCGAUUUGACAAAACCCAUUUCUAUUUCUCUCUCUUCAGGUGAAUCAGUUCCCCUCACUAACCCAAAUCCAUCUCCAAAUUCUACCCAACUUUACCAAACAGCUAGGGUUUUCACCACUGCUUCGAGCUAUAAGUUCAAUAUCAAGCAAACUGGAAAGCACUUGGUGCGUCUUCAUUUUUUCCCAUUUAUUUCUCAGCAAUAUAACCUCAACAAUGCAAAUUUCAGUGUUUUAGCUAAUGGGUUCUCGAUUUUGACCGAUUUUAGUACUAGAAAUAAUGUGAUUAAGGAGUUUGCUAUGAUGGUUAAUGUUUCAGCUUUUGAGGUGUUGUUUGUACCUACAAACCCUAAUUCAGGGUUUGCAUUUGUCAAUGCAGUUGAAGUGUUUUCGGUUCCUAGUGAUGUAAUUUUGGAGUAUGAAGCUAGAUUGAUUGGUUCUGAUGGAGUUGUUGAAGUGUUUGGUAAUAUGUCUAGUUAUGUUUUAGAAACUGUGCAUAGGAUAAAUGUUGGGGGUCCAAAAUUGACCCCUUUCAAUGAUACCCUUUGGAGGACUUGGAUUCCUGAUGAGGAUUUUCUAGUUCUGAAAUCCGCUGCGAAAAUUGCAACAACCACAGAUGCACCGAAUUAUCAGAAGGGCGGUGCGAGCAGAGAGAUUGCUCCUGAUAAUGUUUACAUGACUGCACAACAGAUGAAUAGGGAUAACCUAAAUACAGCUUCUAUGUUUAAUAUAACUUGGAAUUUUCCAGUGGAUUCAGGGGUUGCUCGAUACUUUGUUCGUUUGCAUUUUUGUGAUAUCGUUAGUCAGUCGCUUAACCAGCUUUACUUCGAUGUGUAUAUAAACGGGUUUGUUGGAUACAAAGAUGUUGAUCUGUCGACUCUUACUUUCCAUUUGUUUGCAUCUCCGUAUUACAUUGAUAGUGUGGUGGAUUCGGAUGGUUCAGGGGUUGUGCGGAUUAGCGUGGGUCCUUCUGAGCUUAGCAGUCCAUUGAGAAUGAAUGCCAUUUUGAAUGGGGUAGAGAUCAUGAAAAUGGUGAAUUUUGUGGAGGGUUCGAAUACUGGGUCCAAGAAAACAAGUACUUGGGUUUUGGCUGGUUCAAUUGUUGGAGCCUUUGCUCUUUUGUGUUUGUUAGCAGUCCCGUUUUUAUUGAUAUUGAGACAAAGGAAGCAGAAACGGAGACCAAAACCUGUGGAAAGUAUGGGGUGGACGCCUUUGAGAGUAUAUGGAGGGAGUUCUAACAGUAGGCUAUCUGAAGGGACAUCUCUUGCAUUGAGGAUUCCUUUUGAGGAAAUACAAAUGGCAACAAACAAUUUCGAUAGAAAACUGAUAAUCGGAUCCGGUGGAUUUGGUAUGGUUUACAAAGGGGUCCUUAAAGAAAAUGUAAAGGUCGCCGUGAAGCGAGGGGUUCCAGGAUCAAGGCAAGGCCUCCCUGAAUUCCAGUCUGAAAUUACAGUUUUGUCCAAAAUACGUCAUCACCACCUUGUUUCGCUUGUUGGGUAUUGUGAAGAACAGUCUGAAAUGAUACUUGUUUACGAAUAUAUGGAAAAGGGGCCAUUGAAAAAACAUCUAUAUGGUUCUUCUGGAUUACCACCUUUGUCUUGGAAACAAAGGCUUGAAAUAUGCAUUGGCGCCGCCAGAGGGCUCCACUACCUUCAUACAGGUUCGGCUCAGGGAAUUAUCCACCGUGACAUCAAAUCUACCAAUAUUUUACUCGACGAAAAUUACGUUUCUAAGGUUGCUGAUUUUGGUCUCUCAAGAUCCGGUCCAUGUCUGGAUGAGACCCAUGUAAGCACAGGUGUCAAGGGUAGUUUUGGGUAUCUUGAUCCAGAAUAUUUCAGGAGGCAGCAACUUACAGAUAAAUCAGAUGUUUAUUCAUUUGGGGUUGUGCUUUUUGAAGUUGUUUGUGCUAGACCUGCUGUGGACCCAUUGCUUGAGAGGGAUCAAGUGAAUCUUGCUGAAUGGGCAAUGGAAUGGCAGAAGAAGGGUUUACUUGACCAGGUCAUUGAUCCAUAUCUCAUGGGGAAGAUAAAACCUAGCUCUCUGCAGAAAUUUGGUGAAACGGCGGAGAAAUGUGUGGCUGAAUACGGGGUUGACAGGCCGACGAUGGGGGAUGUGUUGUGGAACUUGGAGCAUGCACUUCAGCUUCAGGAAACUGGGAGCCAAAGGGAACAUCAAGAACAUAGUUGUAUCAGUGCUCCAGAGCUACCAACAUUCAGAACUGUUCCUCGAGUUCCCUCGCGCCAUGUUGGAAUUGAUGGACGUAAUGGUGGCGAUGGGCAUUCAGACAUAACGACGAGCCAAGUUUUUUCGCAAUUGAUGCACAACAAUGGUAGAUAAGUUAAUGGGUUCAUACAGUAAAUGGAGCAAUUCCUGCUCAAACACAACAUCAACUGUGUUACCCUGAUAUCUGCAGAGCAUUCAUUCGGAGGUACUGUGUGUAGUUUAUGUUAUUGUUUCGAUCAUUCUUAUUUGGGGAGUUCAUCUCCUUUCUGGUUCAUAUGACAGUCAUAGAUACAUGUUAAUGGUGGUCUUAGAUAAAUGUAAGUAGUAUGCAUACAAUUCACUAAUAUUGUAAUUGUCUCUGUAAUUUGUACGUCCAAUGUAAUGUUUAUUCUGCACAAGGUCAAAUACAAGUUGUUUGAUAUGGUGAAGUAAAAUUGUAUAUGUAUGCAUAUUCUUGCUA